AUAAACCUAGCACACUACUUUCUUUUCUUCACCUCAUCAGGAUUCAGGACCACCCGCCGGCAGCAGAUACGCCCAACAAAAACCAACCACCCACCAAGCCAGCAAGCACCUCUCCAAGCAGACAGACGGGAAGGGAGGGCAACCGAGAGCGAUCGGCGAUGGGCUCCUUCCUCUCGAGCUUAGUCACGCCCCCUCCGGCCGCCGACGACCCCAACUGCGCCGUGGUGGCCGCCCACUCCAAGGCCACCUACGACGAGCAGUGGGCGGCCCACAAGAGCAGCAGCAAGCUGAUGGUGAUCGACUUCUCGGCCUCCUGGUGCGGGCCCUGCCGCUUCAUCGAGCCGGCCUUCAAGGAGCUGGCCUCCCGCUUCUCCGACGCCAUCUUCGUCAAGGUCGACGUCGACGAGCUCGCGGAGGUCGCAAGGACAUGGAAGGUAGAGGCGAUGCCAACGUUCGUACUUGUAAAGGAUGGGAAGGAGGUAAGCCGUGUGGUUGGGGCCAAGAAGGACGAGCUUGAGAGGAAGAUCCGGAUGUUCACGUCAUCUUCCUCAUCGUAAACUCCUGUGGUUCGCCUGGGACGGAGUUGCUGAAGUGAAAUGGUUCCCUUCUCUGAAUGCUGAAAAAAAGAAAAAAAAAACUAUGUGAAAAUGAUGGUAGACGUGUCUGGGUCAGUAAUAAGAGUUUCUAAAAUCUGAAUGAGAUUUGAAUCGCUCCCCGUUGAUGAAUUUCUCAUGGUCUGUGUAUUCCACCAUGAUUCAUAAGGUCAUUCUCAGUGAUGAGUUUUAAUA